UGUCUCUUGUCCCCUGUUACAGCACCCUCUGCAGUACCCACAGUUCACCUGAUGGCGGCCACAGCCAACAGCAUGAGCCUGUCCUGGCUGCCGCCGGAGAAGCCAAAUGGAAUCAUUUUGGAUUACGAGAUAAAGUACCAUGAGAAGGAUGCUGGCGAGGCCAUCGCCCACACCAUGACCGCCCAGAGAAGCUCCGCUCGGAUCGAGGGCCUCAACCCCAGGACGUCCUACGUGGUGCAGGUCCGCGCCCGGACCGUGGCGGGGUACGGCCGCUACAGCAGCCCCACUGACUUCAGCACCAACCUGCAACCCGAACCCGAGAAGUCGAUCCAGGAGCAGCUCCCGCUCAUCGUCGGCCUGGCAACCGCCAGCCUGGUGGUCCUCAUCGCCGUCGUGGUCGUCGCCAUCGUCUGCCUCAAGAAGCAAAGGAACGGUUCAGAAUCAGAGUACACAGAAAAGCUACAGCAGUACAUCACGCCGGGAAUGAAGGUCUACAUAGACCCCUUCACCUACGAGGACCCCAACGAGGCCGUGCGGGAGUUUGCCAAGGAGAUCGACGUGUCCUGCGUGAAGAUCGAGGAGGUCAUCGGCGCAGGUAACCCACCCAAGCUCCUGAGCAACAGGGGGAAGACCGCUAGUCACCUCCAGGCCAUACCAUUAGAGGACUUCACACCAAUCGGAGAGUUUGGCGAAGUUUGCCGAGGAAGGCUCAAGCUGCCCGGCCGGCGCGAGAUCAUCGUGGCCAUCAAGACGCUGAAGGUGGGCUACACAGACCGCCAGAGGCGGGACUUCCUGUCCGAGGCCUCCAUCAUGGGCCAGUUCGACCACCCCAACAUCAUCCGCCUGGAGGGCGUGGUCACCAAGAGCCGACCGGUCAUGAUCGUCACCGAGUUCAUGGAGAACGGCGCCCUGGACUCCUUCCUCAGGCUGAACGACGGGCAGUUCACGGUGAUCCAGCUAGUGGGCAUGCUGCGCGGCAUCGCGGCCGGCAUGAAGUAUCUGUCCGACAUGAACUACGUCCACCGCGACCUGGCCGCACGCAACAUCCUGGUCAACAGCAACCUGGUGUGCAAGGUGUCCGACUUCGGCCUCUCCCGCUUCCUGGAGGACGACCCCACCGACCCCACCUACACAAGCUCACUGUAUUUCACGCUCACCUACUCAUUCGCAUAUCCACAGGGAGGCAAGAUCCCCAUCCGCUGGACCGCGCCUGAGGCCAUCGCCUACAGGAAGUUCACCUCGGCCAGCGACGUGUGGAGCUACGGCAUCGUCAUGUGGGAGGUCAUGUCGUACGGCGAGCGGCCCUACUGGGACAUGAGCAACCAAGACGUGAUCAACGCGGUGGAGCAGGACUACCGGCUGCCCCCGCCCAUGGACUGUCCCACCGCGCUGCACCAGCUCAUGCUGGACUGCUGGGUGAAGGAGAGGAACCUGCGGCCCAAGUUCACCCAGAUCGUGGCCACGCUGGACAAGCUGAUCCGCAACGCCGCCAGCCUGAAGGUGGUCACCAACAGCACGCAGUCCUCCGGAGUGUCCCAGCCCCUGCUUGACCGCUGUGUGCCGGACUAUACCACUUUUACCACUGUGGGAGACUGGCUGGACGCCAUCAAGAUGAGUCGUUACCGUGACAACUUUGUCAACGCCGGAUUCGCUUCCUUUGACCUGGUGGCCCAGAUGACUGCGGAGGACCUCCUGCGGAUAGGAGUCACGCUGGCCGGCCAUCAGAAAAAGAUCCUGGGCAGCAUUCAGGACAUGAGACUACAGAUGAACCAAACACUUCCUGUCCAGGUCUGAGCGGCGACGGGACGCCAAGGGCCGUCACAGAGCAGCCACACACAGAGGAACACGGGGAGGAACUGUGCCAGAGAGAGAGGGAGAGAGAGAGAGAGAGAGAGAGAGAGAGAGAGAGAGAGAGAGAGAGUAAGAGAGAGCCAAUGGGAACCACUAGCUGCCUGACCCAUCUCUGCCAAUCAGAAGCAAUGAAACUGGCUUGCAGUGCCUCAGACUAGUUUUAUUUUUUCCUUUUAUUUUUCGUCGUUACCACUACCCUUUACCCUCCUCCUCCUCCUCCUCCUCCUCCUCCUCCUCAGAAGCGUCCCCGGUUGAAAUUCUGUUGGAUUUUUUUGUUCCCUCAUCCGACGAGACAUUGAAACCAGAUUUCUUUUUUGUAUAUUUUUUUUCGAGGAAGGAGGCCAAGUAAGCCCCCUUAUAUCCCAUGUGUGCCUCACCGUCUCGAGGUGUGGGUUGACAUUUGCAUGCGUGCGUGUGUUUCUGUGAGGUUCGGACCGGACCUUAUAGCACCCUUAAUCUGGUACCUGGAUUCGCCUGACUCUCGCGUGACAGACUCCCCUUUGCUCUCUGACUCGCCGGAGGACGCUCACGGCCGCGGUCGGGAGAAACACUGAUGUUCCCUCAAAGGAUUCUGGGUAACAAUUAAAAAAAAGCUUACCCCGGGUUCAAGAAAAAAAAAUGGAAAACAAAAAAAAAACGGACAAAGAGUUGGACGCUGAAAUAGUGGAGGAAGUCCUUCUACAUGCUAGCAGUCGUUGCAGUUGUUCAUGUUUUGCGUGUGUGCCCCACCUACCGUCUAGCCCCCAUGCCCCCCCCCCCCCCACCCCGCCGCCGCCACCCCCACCUUCAUAUUGAAGGUGUGUUAACUGAAAGGGCACCUGUCUGUGAAGGUCAAGGAGCUGGAGAGGAACACUAGAGUGCUGCGAUGCCAAAGUGUCGGAUGGGAUGUAGUGGGGGACGGUUGGUCCCGGAACGCGGAGAGGAGCCACGUCUGGGACCCUAUGUGUGUGUAAGGUCAAGCCCUACCUACCUGAGAGUGACCUAGGAUAGUUCAAUAGCUCCCCACCGGAAGAUCAUCUAACGUCGUGUUUUUAACCCAUGGAAGUUGCUGUUGUUUGUUUUUUGUUAAUACAACCCUACACACACCCUUCAUUUUGAUUUUGUGUACACCCAUUUGUUUGUUUUUAGUACACUUAUUUUGGGGGGGAGGGGUGGAGGUGUUUUCAAAAUGGCGUACAAAGAGGUACAAGAUGGACACUUGACGGGAUUGAAAAAAAGGCGAAAAAUGACUUUAACUUUGAGACAACUUAGCCUUUCGUGUGUGUUUUGUUUAUGCGUGUGUGAACGACUGAGUGUGUGUGUUGUGUGGUUCAGUGCCCACACAGGAAUGCGAACGAGUUGCACACAAGUAUACUGUACAAUACAGCUUCCGCUUUCUGCCACCAUGGAGAAACAUCGCAUGAACCAUCAUCAUCACAAGGAACAAUUCUAUUUGCAAACCAUUCACUAUAUUCUGUGUACAACUCUUUAACUCAUCGUUUUUAUGAUUAUUAUUAUUAUUGAAUACAGACAAAAUAAGUUUGGAUAUACAUAUAUAUAUAUAUAUAUAUAUAUAUAUAUAUAUAUAUAUAUAUAUAUAUAUACAUAUAUAUAUAUAUAUGGUUCAGAAACAGAGCAAAACCAUGGAAGACACCAUGCUUUCGUUUUUUUCUUAUUUUUACUAUCACCAAGGUUUAGAAAUAAUUGUUUGACUUGUACCUCCACCCCUGCCCCAACACACGAACAAACACACAAACACACACAGACACACACUAACAUACACUCACAUCUUCCAGCGCCCUGCAGCCACCCCCUCUAUGUACUAUAGAGGCAGCACUAUGUAUUUAUUUGUAUCCCCCCCCCCAUCAAAGGUGACUCCACACCCCCGUCGGGGAACGUGGAUUAUAGAACAAUCAAACGGAAGACACAACCCAGAUUCAGCAAAUUGAUGAUUAUUAAAGAGAAAAACGAAGAAAAAAAACUUUAAAUUGCAUAUAAAUUGGAUAUUGUAUUUUUGUUGUUGUUCUAAACAGCCUGUACAUGUUUUGUAACGAAAAUAAGAUAAAGAAACAUGGAAAGAACAAAAAAUGUCUUUUGAGAAGAAACCUGGAAGUGUUGUUUGAAAUGUCUUCUUCUGUGCAGACCAGCCAACCGGUUAAAGGUUUGUGAAAGCAUGAAUGAAAGGAAAAAAGAGAGAAAGAAAUAUUUGAUCCUGAGUGAAGCCCAUAAACCCACUCCCUUAUUAACGACCUUGGCAUUGGAGUGCGUGUGUAUGUGUGUGUUUGUGUAUAUGUGUGUGUGUGUGUGUGUGCGUACGUGUGUGUGUCUGUGUGCGUGUGCGUGUCUGCGUGUGUGUGUGGAUCAGUGUACGGGGUGGAUUCUGAAUAAUCAAUACACACACAUCACCUACUCGUUCCACCUAAAAAGAAGCAACACACAACAGCACCACAUAACAGCUGCUGCAGACGUUAGCGAGACCCACGAUAUCCAUCCAUCCUUCCAGCCAUCCAUCCUCGUUAUUCAAAACACACCAAGGGACGUACUCCUCCUUAUGCUCCCCUACAGGGGCCCGACAUUGGCCCCUUCUACACCACAAACAGGGCCCCCACUCCCAGGGUUGUAAAAAAGCCAAAACAAAUGUAUAAAUAUAUAUAUAUAUAUAUAUAUGUAACAUAAAAUGGAGGCUCGGUGGUCCUUGUCUGUCGGUUCGAUUAGCGGACCGCGGUCGCUCCGCGGCUGCCAGGACGCGUCGCUCAGAGCAACGAAAAACGAGGAAGAAAGGAGGCAGACGUGCCAUCAGAGCCGACCUAUCAUUAUCUCUCCUCAUUUCCCGUUCGGCCCGCAAUCAUCCUGUCUCCAACGGGGCAGGCUGCCUGAUUACUGCAGCGAUGCAGGAUCAACAGCCCUGCCGUGCAACCACACGCGCACACAUACGCACACAGACACACACAAUCCACUCCUGAGGGCAGCCGAAUGAUCACCUGUAACGUUAGACCCAAGGUACAGAGAUGUGUUCUUCGUCCUGACUCCCUGGACGGUCCUCAAGCCCUCAGGUCAAUGAAAUGUGUAUAUUCCUAGGUGUGCGCGUGUGUUUAUGUGUGCGCGUCGUUUGCAGCUUGUGUUCAUUUGAGAAAAAGCAGCCUUCGCUGUAUCACUUCUUCCUUUAAAGUCCCCCCCCAGAUUCCAUUAUGGAUAUUGUUCAGUGAAACAUGUGUUCCUAAUCCCAAUGCCUGUUCUUCAAAUGCUGCUGCAUAUAUUUAAAGUGCACCUAUCCACCCCCACACACAUACACACACACACACACACACACACACACACACACACACACACACACACACACACACACACACACACACACACACACACACACACACACCCAUACCAUGCAUUGGGCUUCACUAAUGCAAACCAGUUGCAGGAGAACACAAAAAGUAGAAACGUGUUGAGUGAAGAGAGAACCCCCUCAAGGUCAAUCACUGUGCAUCACCUCCUAAACACCUUCACCACCUCCACCUCUUAGAGUGUUCUGUUGGUGUUUGGCGCCUCCACGAUGAGAAAGUGCUUCCUCUUCAAGAUGAGAGAUUUGCUUGACGUUAUUCUGCGGUGCAAACUUCUGUCUCUCUCUCCGACAAGACAAAGAAAUACACAGAAAAAUGUUAAAGUUCGAAUUUUCAGGGGGGCAGGCUAAGAAGAUUGAGACGAAUGCAAUCACCAUCCAUUCUCCUUCGCGAAAAAGUCGCGGGAGGAAAAUAUUCCUCCCUAUUAGCGCUCUCAACUCACUCACUCACUCAAUCAACCCCAUCCCCGCUACCAUUACCGGCCCACAUGUGGUACCGAAUAAGACCGUUGAUAAAUGACAACAAAAAAUGAGAAAAAAAAGGCAGCGGAGAGGGAAGGAGAAGCAGGAAGGCGGUGGCGAGGGUUUUGGAGGCUAAACACAAUCAGAUGGUAGACAUGCCCACUCAUGGGAGAUGGCGGCUCGCUCAGAGCUAGCGUGAACUAUUGAUGUGUUGCACAUGGCGUGCGGGGCUCGGAGCUGCUAGAGCUCGCGGACGGCCGUUGAGUGAUGGGAGCUAAGUAGCUACAGUUGUGCAUCUAAAAAGGAAUGAUUAACGUGCCAGCAUAUCGGGCGAGAACGGGGGAAUGAAAAGGACGUUUUCGAGAGGGUUUUUAAUUCAGGCCGUUUCAAGUUGAUUUUGCCUCUCCCGUUUUUUGAGUAGAAUGGACGCAACACAUAUAUUUAGUUUUCCGUUUCCCAUAUUUGUUCCCCCUACAGGUGCUUUUUGUUAUCAUUAAAACACACACACAGAACUAUGGAAACGUGUGCAUGCUAGAAUACGAGAGUGUGCGGACACAACACAGAUGUCCGCCGAUGUACAAUUAGCGUUGUCAACCACGAAGGCAAUGCUUUGCUCACUGUGCAACUGUCUAUCGCUGUGCCAACAAAGCCCACUUUCUCUGUGCUAGCAGAGUUUUCAAAAUAUGCUUACAUCCACUUCAGCUAUAUUAUCACCUCCCCACCUCCACCUCUGUCCCCACCCAUCUGGCUGUUUCCCGCUCUUGCCCCGUCACAUCCUUCAAUCCUAUUAUUUUCAUCAUUUGCUCUUUAGGUGUAGAUAUUCCUUAGGCCCUUGUCUAUAAGAUCACUUUACGCGCCAGGUGCUCCUCCCCUGAAAAGCAGAGUCAGGGAAAGGGAUUUGGCCGUUCAGAAGGUGAGGGGUCAGGCAAGGAUGAUAGAUGCAACUGUUAUUGUUUUGUUUCUUUCUUGAAAAGCAUUGAGAUGUAUUUAAUGGUGCGGAUUUAACCCAACAAAUUACAAAAAUGAUGCAUUCUUGUAGAAAUAUUUUUAAAAGACCCUUUUUGCAAUUAAAUUAUUUAAGAAAUGUAACCCAA